UCAAAACUUUUUUUGAAGAUCAGUCAGUUUCCUUCAGUCAUAAUAUCACAUAAACUCCUACAUCCAAUUUAAUAUUUAGGAUUUUCUUUGAAUAUUUGAGCAUUGAGAACAUUGAUUGCUCUUUCUGUCAAAUAUUUUCUUCACUGACACGUCUCUUCUCUUUGCAUCUGUCUUUAUAGUAUCCUGUCUCUGGCCUCUGUUAACAUCCUGUUUACAACCACUUUUGACACCCUAUAUGCCACCUUUACAAAUCAUAUGACUUAAUUUGCUUGCCCGUUACUUCUUUAAAAUAAAAUAAUAUCAGAUGUUUGCAAAGAAUUAGUUAAAAAAAACAUGGGCCGAAGACUUAGGCUACUUAAAAUGAGCAGUGCUGAGGGUGUUCGUGACCAGAACUUGUUUAGAGCUUAAUUUUCAUUCAAUAAGGUACAGUGUGACUGUUUCCCUUCUGAUUUCUUUUUUUCUUUUCUUUUCUGCAAUUACAUUAAUACAGCAUACAUACUAUAAUUAAUUAAUAAUUACUUAAAUACAGAACAUCCACAAGAAAAACCAAACACACAGAAAAGCCUUCUCAGCCGAGACCCAAAAUUAAGACCUUCUUGCUGUGAGGACACAAUGCAUCUCUUUGUUGUCAACUCUAAACUAAAUGUCAGUAACGUCAAUGAUUUAAUAUGAAAUGUUUAGAAACCUUUAAAAAGCUGAACUGGGAGAAAUGGGAUCAUGAGCCUUUAUUGUUUUUCAACUUAACUACUAAGGUAUUUUUAACUGUGUGGGAGGUGUAACUGGAGCAGUUUCUUCACACUUACCUCAGAGCUUCACUCAACCACUACAAUACACACCGACAGCGCUCAGCUCUCCAGCUCUUCUGUCACUUUCAGCUUUCAGGAACUUAACAGAACAUUUCUGCUGUGUUUAGUUUACAUGUCAACUUUUCUGAAUUCAGGUCUCUUGUUAUUUGAAGAAAAUGUUUAAGAAUUUAAUUUUUAUCUGUUUGUGCUCAUGGAGUCUGGCUGGUGUGUUUGGUGUUGAUGAAUUGAAAUCCGUGUCAGUGAUGGAGGGAGAUUCUGUCAUUCUCCACACACAUGAUACUGAUAUACAGAAAGAUGAUCUGAUAAUGUGGAAAUUUGGACAAAACAACUUUCUCAUCGCUCAAAUCAACAGAAAAAACAAUAAGAGCAGUGUUUAUGAUGAUAUUGCUGGUGAGAGAUUCAAAGACAGACUGGAGCUGGAUCAGACUGGAUCUCUGACCAUCACAAACACCAGAACCACAGACUCUGGACUUUAUAAAGUCACCAGCAGCAGAUCAGAGACACUGUUCAACAUCUUCAAUCUUACUGUGUAUGGUCAUCUGCCCAUUCCUGUCAUCACCAUUUACUCUAAAAAAAAACCUUCAUCUUCGUCAUCAUCAUUAUCAUCAUCAGGAUCAUCGGCGUCCAAAUGUGCAUUUAUGUGUUCGUUGGAGAAUGUGAGUGAUGUGACUCUCUCCUGGUACAAAGGAAACAGUUUAUUGUCCAGCAUCAGUGUUUCUGAUCUCAGCAGAAGUCUUUCUUUACAUCUGGAGUGUCUGGAUGAUUUCUACAGCUGUGUGGUGAACAAUCCCAUCAGAAACCAGACCACACAUCUCAACACUCAACUCUGUCAGACAUGUUCAGAAGUCUGUAUCCUCUGUUGCGGUUCUACUGAAGCUGUGAUCCGAUUGGCUCUUUCUGCUCUGGUGGGCGUGGCUACUGUUGCUAUAUUGGUUUAUGACAUCAGAUCCAGAAGUCUUCAACAGAAGAAGAAACAGCAGACAUCAGCAUCACACACUGACUAAUCAGAUCUUCAGAAGAGUGGAUAUGUUCUGGAACAAGUGGUGACAUUUGACUUAAUUAAGUAACUACUUUUUUUUCACUUCAAUUGUAUUUGUCGCACUUUUCAUAAUGCAGAUCUUUCUAAAGCAGCCUUACAAAGAGUAGUGCCUUACAAAUGCACUAAAAUUAAUCAGACAGUCAAUAAAUAUAUGUGACCCUGGAGCACAAAACCAGUCUUAAGCCACUGCUGUAUAUUUGUAGCAAUAGCAAAAAU